UUUCCCUGAGCUGCAGUUCCCGGUGCUGGGGACGGGCAGGUCCCGCAGAGCUGCAGGAGGGCUGGGGGUGAUGGCAGAGCUGUCCCAGGGGAAAGAGAGAGAGAUGGAGAGAGCCCUCCGCUCACGGUGUGGGUCCUGGUGCUCAGCAGAGUGCUGGAUGGUGGCAGGUUACAGUGAGAAGACAGCCGGGCAGGGUCCGAUGGUGGUUUCCCGACGCUGGGAUGGGACAGAGAGGCAGGAGGCGGCAAUCGUCCUUCUCAUCCGAACUCCGUGGGGGAAAUGGGCCGAGGCCCAGCCUUCCGCUUCCUCUUCUGGCUGUUUGAAUCUCGCGGGGUUACCCUCUUCUCUCUCUCUCUCUCCUCCCCAUUGUCACCAGGGCCCAGUCAACAGGUAUCUUAGCAUGACAAUGGAGAAAAUCCCACAGAGGGAAAAAGGGAGAGAACCAACCCCCAACAGCAUGGAAUGACUGAGAAAAUAGGCCAGCAUUUGGAGGUCUCUUCUGCUUCAUUGGUUUUGAAGUUCACUUCUGAACAACUGGAGGACCCUGAUGAAGUGGCAAAAUAUUUGAAAGAAAAAUGCUGUGGCAGUCCCAGAGAGGCAAGCAGUUAUGCAACAUGCUGGCCUUUGGCUCCUGUUUAUUGGCAACUGCUUGAUACUAAACAAGAUGAGGAAAUCAGACCAACAGCCACUGUGGCCACUCAUACUGGAGCUGAGCUGCAGGAACAGCCCAUGCUGAUAGAAUGGGAAGAAGAGGCAGGCCAGAGAUAAUCACCAGUCCCUAUCUCUGGAUGAGCUGCAGGGUGUGCAAGAAGAUUUCAGCUGCCAGUCUGACCUGGCUGCUCCAAUGCUGCAAAAACACAGCCCAUGAUAUGAAACUAGAUGCAGCUGCAAUUCCUGUCCCAGGAUGUGGGCAUUGACGAGGAGAUUGGGAAGAGGACAGAAGCUUUUGGAGAUGACUCCUGUCAAGUGUGAGAGAAAGGUGCUUUCUCAAGGAUGAUCUAGUACUGCAUCCCGGCAGACAGGACCCUGUGGAGAAAGGUCCCCAGUGCCUGGGAGAACUGGCUGUGCUGGAGGUAAUCUCACGGGAUUCAAAUAGUGUGCAGUCCCCUGUAGAUCUGGAUGAGGUCCAGUGUGCACAAUCCACGUGGCAAAAGUUUGUAUGGAGCACACGAUCGUCCUACAUCAACUCAUUGGCAUGGAUGUCCACGAAAGCAGGAGAACAAAGAAAGUGCUUAGGUGAUUACCUAGCUACAGCAAUAUGAUGAUCAUCUUUUUUCCUCCCUGCUGACCUGCACCCUGUCUGUGAAAAGACUCCAAGACUGUGGACAGACUCAAAAGACUUCAGCAUAUUAGAGAGGAAGUGUCCUGAGUGCCUCCAGUAUGGACCAGAGUCUCUGCUAUUGGGAGCAGGUACCCCUCUGCUCAAGAGAGAGGGUACAAAGUACAAGAUAACCUGUGUUUUUUGCUGUGUGACCACAGAGAGGAUAUGAGAAAGGGGGAUGGAAAACCCAUCUCUGUGCUAGCAACACAGGUAUGUGAGUUGAGAGGAAGACCAAUCAUCAGAGGAAACUCAAGUAUAAAUGCAGCUCCAGUUUCAAGUGAGCAAGUCCUCAGACAGAAUAGAAGGUUUAGUGUUACUAAUAAUCCUCUUGAAAGGAUCUCUAGUUCAUAUUAAAAAGAAAAAGCAACAAAUACCAUGACCCAAGCUAGAGAGGCCCUGCCUCCAGCCAGGUGGAGGAAAGGGACAGUCAGAUCUAUUGGACUGUGUGGAUCCAAUGGCUUGGCACAUCAGACCCACAAGAACCUUAGUCUUUAGUUGACACAGGUGCACAGUGUACCCUGAUGUCAUCAAGAUAUGUGGGGGCAGAAUCCAUCUCUAUUUGUGAGGUGACAGGGGGAACUGGACAGCUGACUGUACUGGAAGCUGAAGUGACCCUGACUGGGAAUGAAUGGCAAAAACACUCCAUUGUGACUGGCCCAGAGGCCCUGUGCUUCCUUGGCAGAGAUUACCUCAGGAGAGGGUAUUUUAAGGACUCAAAAAGGACAUUGUUGGGCUUUUCCUUGGAAACAGAGGAAGUUAGACAGCUGAACACCUUGCCUGGUCUCUCAGGGGACCCUCCUGCUAUAACACCAUGCCAGCCAGGACUUUGUGACCCCCCAUCCAUGAGAUUCUAAAAAUGGAGUGGGGAGGAGAGUGUUCUUUUGAUUCUUCCAAUUUAGACUGCUUGUUAAAUGUCCUCCCUGGAGAAUUGGAAUUUCAACAAAUCCUUAGUGAUCUUGAUGAAAAAAUAAAGAAGAACUCUUCCAGCAUAGAGAAGUGUCUUAAGGACCUGCAAUCAGACGUAAAUGAAAUAAGUACUGAUGAAGUACUACAAAGCACAACUGACUGCAUUCAGUGGCUAAAUAACUGCAAUUUUAGUUCUCUCAGACCUUCUUCUACAGACCAUGGAGAGCUGCUGGAGUUCCUUAAGACCUUGCAAAGCUUGCUGAAGAAUGAGAAGAAUCAAGAAGAAAUGGUCCUUCACUUCCUUCUGGAUCUCUCUAGUCAGUGUGGUGUUUCAUUUCCCUGUACGGCAAGCGGGACGUCUUUUGAGUUAACAUCUUCCCUUCAUACCAUUCAGGAUGAUUCAGCUGUGGAUAUGAAAUCUCUUUGGGAUGAUGUGAGAUUGCAUCUUCGGCAAUUUUUAGUAAAGAGACUGCAAAGUCAAGAAGAAACAAACACUAAUGCUUUGCAACAACAAAUGGAGUUUAAAACACAGUGUGUGCAGCAGCUUUUGUUUCUUUAUCCCAAAUCAGAAGUCUUAUUGAAGUAUCAAAAUAUGCAGAAUAAACUGGUUAGUGAUCUUCUACAGAACUGUAUUUUGUCUAGUUGUGGUGAAACAAAUUUUGAUAAGGUGGUUCAUGGUUAUCAAAGUUCUAUACCCAGAUUGUGCGCAAUGAUAAAAGAGGAUUUGUAUAUACUAAGUGGAACUAUUGGUCCAUCUUCGUCAUUAAAGUUUAUUAAUGAAACUUACCUGGAUACCAUCACUGAAGAAAUGACUGUUCUUCUUGAAAGACUUUGUGAGCUGCAGUUCAAAGAAAAUGCUCUACACAUAGUUAAAGCAAACAAGAUUUCAAAGAAGCAUAGAGGAACAGUUCACACUGUAGCUUCCCAGGAAUACCACAGGAAAGGACGGAACUUCUGCUUAACCUUGUAUCAACUCAAAUGUCUUUCUCAACUUAUCAAACUCUUUUUAUUAAUGGAAGAAAAAGUUGAAGAGCUCUCUACAGAAAUUCUGCUGCUCCCUUCAUUUACAGAGAGGAAUAAGAAUGUUCAAGGAGUUCUGAAGAGAGCUAGUGGGGAGCUUUUAAUAGGAGAAACCAGAGCAAAUGAAACCAGCGUGCUUCCUGAACAGUUACUUCAGGUAGAAGAGCCUAUUUUAUUGAGUUUUGGCUGGAGAAAUGCGUUUAAAGACCUGUCUUCUUCUGUGGCUCACUGUAUAACAAUAGCAAUUGAGGAUUUUUCAUCUAAAAUUCUUCAACAUGAGCAGAAAGAAGAUUUUUCAGCUGCAGGCUGUGCAAUGAGUCUUGUAAACAACCAGCAAAUGAGGGAGUCCUGCAGAGCAGUCCAACAGGAGGAGCAACCAAAACUAAUUGCUAAGUUUUGUUCUGACAUCAUGGAAGAACUCGACACACUGCUUCCAUUGGCUCUGGCCUGUGGAGAUGAUUCUCUCCAAGAAAUUAGAACAAACUUUGUAGAGGCCUGCAGCAAAGUGGCAACAGCUGUUUUGGCAAGACUAGAGGAGAAAAGCAAAGACGUUCCUUUGAAGGCUCCCCUGCAAGACCUGCAUGCUGCCCUUUCCACAGCGAUAUAUGUCUUUCAGCAUUUUACAAUGUAUAGCAAUUUAAUGAGAGAAACAAGCAAAAGACCCCUGUUCCAAGUGCCUGUCCAAAAAUAUCAGGAAUUCAUCAACAUUCUCCAGUUUCAAAUUACAGACUACUGCAUCAGAGUUUGUGCUACAAGCAUUUUACAGGAUGCUGAGAGCCACUAUUGGGAUGACUACAAAGCUUUUUAUGAGGGGGAAAGAUGCUCAUUCUCUGUCCAGAUGUGGCAUUACUUCUGCUGUGCUCUUCAUCAUGAUCUAUGGACUAUUCUACCUCCAAAGACAGCCCAGGAGAUUCUUACAGAUGUACUAGAGCGAUCUCUGGAUAUUCUGUCCUCCAGAUAUUGUCAGGUGUGUCCGAGUUACAAAAGAACACCACAAAUCAGAAUUGAUAUUGCAGCAAUUUUGAUGUCCACUGAAGAUAUGCUCUGGUCGAUUUGUAGUUCUGUGAAGGAGUUUCUAAAUCCCCACAAAGACAGAGAUCUCAAGAUCUAUCAAAUACACAGCCACUGCAAUAGUCUGAUCUCUGUGCUGGCUAUUUUAACUUCACCCCUGAAGAAUUUGUAUGAGACAUUUCUGGAUAAUUCUGAUGAACAUCUUCCUCAAGAUUUUUCAGAAGUCUUUUAUCAUCCAUUACACUGGUUAUUUUGCAUACCAUCAUCCUGUUUUUUCCUUCUGAAGACUCCAUCAGCCAGAGAAAUGGCAGCCCAAGGUCUGCUGAAGCUGCUCCUAUCCCAGCCGUACUGUAAUUUGAACUUGCUUUUGGAAACAUUGCUACACCACGACUGUCUCUUAGUGAAAAUUUUGCUGAGAAGCUCAAGAAAUGAAGCAUUAAAUUGUGAUGAACAAAGUUCUCUCUUGGAACAGGAAAAUAACAAAGAGCCUACUCUGAUUGAAACAAUCUUCACAGUAUUGUCUUACUGCACUUUAUCACCCAAAUCUCUUGGCAUUGCUUUUGAGUCCUACAUGGAAAAAGAGCUGCUGUGGAACUGCUUAUACAAUAUGACAGUUUCCAGUUGUGGUAAGUCAGAGCCAGAAGUGAUCAGAUGCUUGAAGUUGACUUUGAUUAAUUCAGUCAAGGGUAUAGUGAAACAGAUAAUUUCUUUGAUGCAUUCAUGGGAGGCAGCAGAAAACUACGGAACAUACCAGCACAAGCAAAUAGUUCCUGAAAGUUUACUGAAAACUGUUCCGAAGGAUUGGAAUUAUACUCCUCGGGAAAUGAAGAGAAAAGAAUCCGGGAAAUGCUUCACAAGGCUUGCAGCUCAAGCAGUAUCUAUUGUAAUCAGCAAGUUACCUACAGUGAUUGCAUGUUUGCCUCCCCCAGUUAAAUACUUCUUUUUUCUGGCUGAGAGAAAAAUGUCAAGAAACUUUGCUGAAUUGAAGAAACCUGGUCUUCUUGUCUGGAACUUAAUUGUAAUUAUAUGUCAGAUAUUUGAGGAUGGAAAUACUGCAGAAUUUUUAACAGGUGCAACACUUGACAGAUGGAGCAAAGAAAAACUCAGUUUAGUUCGUGUGUGCUUAGAAAGUAUUAUGGGAAAACAGAAAAGUGGUCCUAAGCAAGUGACCCAGAAGAUUAUACAAAGCAUUGAACAGCAAAGACCAAACUGGAUUGAAAGCCAGUUGCUGAAGGCAAGAAAAUUGAGCAUAGACUGUGCCUCAGUCACAGUUAAAGGUGCAACGUUAGAGGAAGGAGGUAUUGCACUUGGAUUCACUGAGCAUAAUAUAAGCAUGAUGGUCCUGGAUAUCUGCCACAAACCAGGUGGUAAGGAGUACCUGAGGCAAAUUUAUCACAUCAUCCGGCUCAAUGAGGAGUAUUUGAAAGAGCAGCUGUGUUGUGAGAAUUCUUCUGAAGAUGGUGUUACCUCGAGUCAAUGCCUGCCUUUGACGCUGAAGGGCAGAGAAGAGCGGCCUGUCUUCAACCCUUUCCAGGUGUACAGACAAUCUUGUGCAAACAUAUUCAAUCAGUCAGCCAUUACUGAAUGGAACUGGGAUUGGUCAAGCUUGUUGCCAGGUUAUUUGGGAGUGAAUCAGAUGGCCUUCAGGGUGCUACUGACACACAGGUGGGAGAUGAAAGAAGAUGUAGAUCUUGAAGAUGAGGAGGACAUUAUGGUGGAACAUUUAAAAAAUGCUUAUUUGACACAAAGGACUCCUGUCUCAGAGGAUAAAGAAGAACAAUUACCUUGA